AUGCACAUCGAGGAGAUCAUCCUGGAUGGCUUCAAGAGCUAUCCAACCAAAACGGUGAUCGGGCCGUUCCACCCACAGUUCAACGCGAUAACGGGGCUAAACGGAAGCGGCAAGUCGAACGUCCUAGACGCAAUCUGCUUCGUCAUGGGCAUAAACAAUUUGAACCUGAUUCGAGUGAAUAGGUUGGACGAGCUGAUCUACAAACAAGGACAGGCGGGAAUCACCAAAGGGAGCGUAACGAUCAAAUUUAACAAUGAACAGAAGCCAAGUCCUCUACAAGAACCGUACAGAGAUAUGAAAAAUAUCACCAUAACGAGACAAAUCGUUUUAGGAGGACGCAAUAGGUACCUCCUAAAUAGCCAUAAUGCAAAGCCAAAGGAUAUUAGCGACUUUUUCCAGUCACUCAAGUUAAAUAUUAACAACCCACAUUUUCUAAUAAUGCAAGGAAAGAUAACAAAAGUGAUAAAUAUGAAGCCGGUGGAGUUGCUGGGCCUGAUUGAAGAAUCGAGUGGAACAAAGCUGUAUGAGGUGAAAAGAACAAACGCAAUAAAAUUAAUGGGAAAGAAAGAUCAAAAGCUGGAAGAAAUUAACAAAGUAUUAGUAGACGAAAUUGAACCUACACUGGUAAAAUUAAAAAAGGAAAAGGAAGAAUACAAUAAAUUUAUUAGCAAUAAUGAAGAAAUUGAAAAAUUUGAAAAAAUCGAAAUUGCAUACAAAUACUAUGUGGCCAAAAAUAUGAUGGAGAAAAGUGAAGAAAAAAUUGAAGACGCAAUGGAUGAAAAGAAAGUACUAGAAAAAGACAUAAAAGAUAUCGACAAAGAAAUUGAGAUUUAUAAAAAAGAAAAAGAACAAGAAGGAACAAAUGGAAAAGAAAAUUUCUCAUCUCAAGUCGGAAGCCAAAAUAGAAGGAAAAGAAAAAGAAAAGGAAAAAAAAAAAAAGAAGAAAUUAAAAAAGAAAUAAAACGUAUUGAGAAAAAAUUAAACGAUUAUGAAAAAAAUGACGAAAAAAAUAAUAAAAAUUUGAAGUCUUAUGAGGAUCUGAAAAAAAAAAUAGAGCUCCUACGGGAAGAGCUUAGCGAAAAGCAGACCACCAUUAACUGCUUGCUAAGUGGGGGAAUCAACAACAGUGAGUACACAGGCUCCUUCAGAGAGCAGCUCAAAAAUAAUAAAACGAAUCUGAGUCAAAUAGAGACGCAGAUAAAUAACUUGUUACAAAAUAGCAAACAUCUCGAGAAGGAAAUCAUGGCUUUAAAGGACCAGAGGAAAAAAUUCGAAAAGGAGUUCAGCGAAAUGAACAAGGAAAAAGAAACGGAGGAAAAAAAAAAAAUCGCUUGUGAGGAAGAACUACAAAAAUUAAACACUGAACAUAAUAACUUCCAAGAUUUAGACCCUCUACAAGAAGAUAAGAAGCAACUGACGAACGAAAUAGAAAAACUGCAGCAGGAGUUACAAGUGUUGAAAAAUUUAAUCAAUCAUGUAAAAAUCGAUUUCAAAAUUCCUAGCAAUGUCAACCCAAGGGAUGUCCUUGGACAGAUAUAUGAGCUGAUAAAAAUUAAGAAAGAGUACAGUCAAACAGCUUUGGCUAUUCACCUGAUCCUUGGGGGGAAAUUAUCUUAUAUACUUGUACAGAACAAAGAGUGUAGUAAAAGCUUAUUUGAAUAUAACAAUUUCGCCAAGGGAAGCAGGAGAGUAACUCUGCUGCCGUUACAAGACUGUGUCGUGUCACGAGAUGUGAACGAAAAAAUUGUGGAAGAGUGUCGAAGAUAUGUCGGGUUAGAUUCAAAAGAUAGGAAAGACGUUAUAUACUUUUUGGAUAUAAUGGAAUAUGACAGCAAAUUGGAAAAACUUAUCAAAUACCUUUUUAACGGAACUAUUAUAUGCUCCAACGUUGAUUACUGCAAGAAAAUUACAUACAAUCCAAAUAAGAAGAUGUCCUUCCCGACUAUAACCAUGGAAGGAGAUAAAUUCGACACAUCAGGAAGCAUGUCCGGGGGCUCCAAUAAAAAUAUCAACCUGUUCUUACUUCACUAUGAAAAAUAUGAAAACAAAAAAAAAGAAUUUUUCGAGAAGGAUCAAAAGUUGAAAGAAAUAAGCGCCAAGUUGGAUAUUCUCCAAAAAGCUGAGGAAAAAAAAAAUUUUUGUAAAGAUUUACAAAUCUAUGCCAACAAUUUGAGCAACAUAGAAAAUAGAAUACAAACGAGCAAGUACGGAAACAUAUGCCAAAAAAUUGAGCAGUCUAAGGAGGAAAUAGAGAAGGGACGAAAAGAACUCACCGAGUUGUAUGUCAAACAAAAGAAACUCACUGAGGUGAUACACAAAAUUGAAAAAGAUAUCUCAGAGUAUGAAAAUAAUAAAGACAAAAAAGAGGAGGACCUAAAAGAUUCUGUCAGAAAAUUAAAAAAUAAAAUAAAACUUCUCGAAAAUGAAGAACACAAAAAGAAAGAAGAAGUUGAUGGAGUACUCCUACAAAUAGAAAAUUACAAAAAACAAAUGGAAAAAGAAAGCAACGAUUUGGUGACUGCUGAUGAAACUAUAAAUCAAAUUGAUAAAAAAAUUGAAGAAAUUGAAAAUAACAUAAAUAUUUCAUUGGAAGAGCUGAAAAAUCUCGAUAAGAAAAUUUUACAACUCCAGGCUAGCUUCACUAGCUAUGAAAAUGAAAUAAAACAGGCAAUAAAAAAGAUAGAAGGUCUGGAAAAAAAGAAAAGCGAACACAUGCUUGAUUUGAAGAAGCUAGAUAACACUUUAAUCGACUUAAAAAAGGAUUCCCAAACGGCUAGCGAAACUGUGAAAUAUCUUAACAAAACCCACGUUUGGAUCGAAUCUUACGAACCUCUAUUCAAUAAAAAAUGCACUCCAUACGAUUUUGAAAAUUUUAGACAUGAUGUCAUACAGAAAAAAAUACAAGCUCUCCAGAAUGAACAGAACAAAUUGUCUAUAAAUAUCAACAGGAAGGCUGUCCAAAUGUAUGAACAGGUGCAGGUGGAUUACAAGGAUCUCAUUACGAAGAAGUCCCAGGUGGAGGAGGACAAGAAAAAGAUACAAGAAGUUAUAGCAGAUUUGGACGUGAAAAAAAGCGAGAGUUUACUUGCUAUGUAUGAACAAAUUAAUGAGUACUUCCAGGCCAUCUUUUCCACGCUGCUCAAUAAUGCGCAGGCUAAGUUGAGUGUGGUGGACGGGGACCUCUCCAACGGGAUUGAGAUGAAGAUCGCCUUCAACAACAACUGGAAGGAGUCCCUAACCGAACUGAGCGGUGGUCAGAGGAGUCUCCUGGCGCUUUCCUUAAUUUUGGCGCUGCUCAAAGUAAGGACCGUCCCCAUGUACAUACUGGACGAAAUAGACGCUGCGUUGGACCUAAACCACACGCAAAAUAUUGGAGAUAUGAUAAGGACGCAAUUUCCGAACUCCCAAUUUAUUAUUGUCUCAUUAAAAGAGGGGAUGUUUUCCCACGCGGAUGUUUUGUUCAAAAUGAGAUUUAUCGAUGGCAUUUCGACCGUCAACCGACACUCGCUUGACAUUAGGCAGUGCAAAAACAAGGAGGUGACCGAGGUGAAGCGCCGAAGGGUUACGAUUCACGAGAGGGAUCCGGACGACGACUGA